UUUAAGGAGUUUAGUUUUACUCAGCUUCCGUUCUGCACUCUGCUGGGACCGCACCAUCCGAACCAGGAAACCAGGCGGCAGGUGAACUUACUUGGAAUUGAAGCGCAACUGUCACGCAGGUUGUCGGGGUAUGGAGGAGAGCAGUGCCGUAGGAGGACCUGGUUCAGAUGCAGGAGUGAAACGGGGGUACUUUUAUUGAUUAACUACAAGCCAAGAGCGGAAGUUGUUUGACCAAAACACCCGGAGCGGACCGGAGAGCGUUCAUUUGUCGUGUGGCAACGUGGAGAGGACUGUCUCGGAGUUUGCAUCCGUAAUUCAAAGGCACUUUGGCGGAUAGGUGCCAUGAGCAGUGAGCUGAAUGUGCCUAUGGGUUCUCCAGCCCCGGGGGUCGCAGAGCACGCCCCAGACAACAGCGGGAUGGACUACAGGGACUGGGUGCGACGUAGUUACCUGGAGUUGGUCAGCUCCAACCACCACUCGGUGCAAGCACUGUCGUGGAGGAAACUCUAUCUGAGCCGUGCCAAGCUGAAGGCCUCCAGCAGGACCUCUGCGCUGUUGUCUGGCUUUGCAAUGGUGGCCAUGGUUGAGGUGCAGCUGGAAGUUCAUUUCAGUUACCCUCGUCUGCUUCUCAUUGCCUUCAGUGUGUGCACCACCAUCCUGGUGGCAGUGCACCUCUUCGCUCUGCUGAUCAGCACCUGCAUUCUUCCCAACGUGGAAGCUGUCAGCAACAUCCACAACCUCAACUCCGUCAGUGAGUCGCCUCACGAACGCAUGCACUACUACAUCGAGCUGGCCUGGGGCUUCUCCACGGCCUUGGGGAUCCUGUUGUUUUUAGCAGAAGUGGUGCUCCUCUGCUGGAUCAAGUUCUUGCCUGUAGAAUCUGGCAAGAUCAAAAAGCCGACUACCACAUUGGCCACCCCUCUGGAAACCACCACUCCCUCGCAGCCGAACCCCGGCUGGCAGGCUGCGCUGGCCUCCACCAUCAUCAUGGUCCCGGUGGGGGUGAUUUUUGUGGUGUUCACCAUUCACUUCUAUCGCUCUCUGGUUCGCCACAAGACGGAGCGCCACCACCAGGAGAUCGAAGAACUGCACAAGAUUAAGGUGCAGCUGGACGGCCAUGAGAGAGGACUCCAGAAUGUCUGAAGACAUGACGGCAGCUUUAAUGACUUCACUUUGUCUCAUAUAUUUAUCAAACCCUCUCUCCCUUUUCUAAAAUGUAUUCUGGUCACUUUUAAUACCUUGGACAUGUCAGCAGUGAGCUUUAAAGUGUUGCAGCGCCGACAACCAAUGUGUCCCAGACUGCUAAUUUAUUCUUAUGGUGAACUUGUAUUGUAGGAUUUGUGCAGUGAUUUUUUUUCUGUGCUUUCAAUCUUUAAUCUGUGCUGACGAAAGGUCAAGUUAAAAGGUUUACAGAAAAAAAGGGCUAUUAAGUUCUGUGUGCCAUUCUUGCUAUAUCUCUGUUUUCUUGUUAGGGUUGGGAGCUGGUGAUGAUUCCAUUGUUGCAAUGUUUGUUCAGUCUGAGAAUGACUCUUUUUGGAAUCUCUUAGUCCUCACUUAAUGGCAUAAAAGUAACCAAUAAUUCUCAAAAAAUUGUUUUGAUUAAGCUUUGUUUAUCAUGUUGCCUUAAGUAAUUUGCCAUAAUGUAAUGUGGCUUUUGUUUGAUUAUUGUGUUCUCUGAAAACUGGUCUCUAUGCUCAGCUUUAUUUAGGCAUAACUGUGACAGAGAGAGCCAUAGCGUGCAGUAUUUGUCAUGCAAAGUGUAACAAUACUUUUAAAUGUUCAGCUUUUCCUACUGUUGUUACUGAAAACAUGUUUCUUUAUGCAUCUGUACCAUCCCUCCCACACAGAUGCCACACAGGGGUCAUUAUAUUAGUCGUUGUGUACGUGAUAUUAGUCUAAUAAGCCGAGCUAAUCACAAAGAUGCAAGAGAUGCUCGUAAUCCUGUGACGCGGUUAUCAGAUUGACCAAGGUUCUACUUCACUUGAAAAUGACACGUUUAGGUGCCAUCAGAUUCAAGUUAAAGAGUGUGUGUCUGAAAGGGGACUGAGUCACAGCCCAGAGUGGAAAUAUUCUACUUUAGAGGGGGAUUUCUAGAAGGUCUUUGAUGUCAAUCAUGGAAUUGGUCAGUUUACUUUUUUUUAAUUAGUUGUACCAAGUUAAGGUUUAAUAUUUGUACAGUACUUAUAUCUGAACACCCAUACAAGCCACAUUCACCCACAAAGCACUUUCUGAGUAACAUGUAUGCACUGGAAGCUAUUUCUUACCCAGUGCUACUUAGACACAGUCUGGAGGAGCUGGGAAUCAAACCACCAACUUUCUAAUCAUUAGAGAACCUGCUCUACCUUCUGAGCCACAGCCAUCCUGAUACAGAAAGAUGCAGCUUUUUGCACCUACAUGCUUAACUCUAUAAUGAAAGGCAAACUGCCAACAAAAUGCGAGUUGUGUGUUAUUGUCAGAUGGAUUCUGUGAGAGACUCAAAGAUUUGGAUUUGUAUAACAAAGUCAAUACUUGAUUUAGGUUUGAUGAAAUGCUACUGAACCCCAGACCUCAUGCAUUAUGUGGUGGCCUUAUUGCUCACCUUCAACGUGCCCCUCCAGUGGGCUAUACAGCAAACUGCAAGCAGCUGUGCGGUGUCUCUGUUCUGACUGGAGGGGAAUUGUUAAACUAAGUAUCUAUUGUUGGUAUGUCUUAAACAAAAGCUGCAUUCUAGUGUUUUUACAGCCAAAAUCUCACUAAUGCCUCAAACCUUUUUUUUUUUCCUUUUUACUCAAAUAGCUUUUACUGUCUGUUAAGACCUUGGAUCCUGUGUAAAAGAUGUCAAACGUGUCUAUUCUGUAUAUACUGAUGAUGCACAAAUUGCUUAAAUAUGAAUGUGUUACUGUCCAAAUAUAGUUCUGCCUUACAGAAUUAUUGCCUUUUAUGAAACGCCGUUUUGCUAAAGGUCAUAACACAAGCACAUCUUUUGUUGGAAAUGUGGUGAAGCUAAAAUGUGAGUUGGGUGUCGUCCCAAACGUUUGGAGGAAGAGUCACGUAUGAACAGUCACAAAGUGCAUGUAACGAGCAUGAUAUAUGGUGUUUACAGUUUACAGGUUUUUUUUAAAGUUUUCAGUUAAGUGCGGGUUCCAUGAACGGAAAUCCGCACGGUGAAUGACGAUGUUUGAAAAAAGAAAAAUGUUCAAAACAACAUUCCAAAUAUGAUGACUGACCAAAGUGUUGCUCAGUUAUGUCUCAUUUCUUUCUUUUCAGAACAGAAAAAAAGUGCACUUGUAGUUUAAUUGUACAGUAAGUAAGUAUCGGUUUCUUAUCAAAGAAUGUCCUCCAUUGUGUUGUGUUUGUUGCUUCUUUAAUGGAUACUGCAGAGGACAUGGAGACCUGUGCUGUAAGAUGUAAUUAACACCCUGAAGGCUACCAAAAAUAAAAAUAAAAAGUUCUCUGUGU